CACGAGCAGGCACGACGCGGGCCGGCCGGGCACGGCGGCAUGGCCCUGGGCCCUAUGGGGGACGGGUGUUCCCUGGGGGAGCCCCGCAGAUGAGAGUCACCCCAUCCCUGGAGCGGAGUGGGGUGCCUCUGCGGGAUGAUGGCUUAACGGAGCCACGGAUGUGCCCUGGGGAGAAGCCCUGCCAGCUGUGCUCACUGCGAAGGAAAGCGCUCUGGCUGGGAGAACAUGGACGCUCCGGUGAGGAUGUUCUCACUUGCCCCGUGGACGCCGACGCCGACCCCCUGGCUGGAAGGGAAUACAACCGCUGCUGCGGAGGCAAAGUGCGUCUUCAACGAGGAGUUCAAGUUCAUCCUGCUGCCCAUCUCCUACGGCAUCGUCUUCGUGGUGGGUCUGCCCCUCAAUUCUUGGGCCGUGUGGAUUUUUGUCUCCAGGAUGAGGCCUUGGAAUGCCACCACCACUUACAUGUUCAACCUGGCUAUCUCUGACACACUCUAUGUCUUCUCCCUCCCAACCCUGGUCUACUAUUACGCUGACCGCAACAACUGGCCCUUCGGGAUGGUGCUCUGCAAGAUCGUGCGCUUCCUCUUCUACGCCAACCUCUACAGCAGCAUCCUCUUCCUGACGUGCAUCAGCGUCCACCGCUACUUGGGCAUCUGCCACCCCAUCCGCUCCCUCAAGUGGGUGAAGACCAAACACGCGCGGCUCAUCUGCGUGGGUGUCUGGCUGGUUGUCACCAUCUGCCUCAUCCCCAACCUCAUCUUCGUCACCACCAGCUCCAAGGACAACACCACCCUUUGCCAUGACACCACCAAACCCGAGGAGUUCGACAAUUACGUGCACUACAGCUCCUCCGUCAUGGCCCUCCUCUUCGGUAUUCCCUUCCUGGUGAUUGUUGUGUGCUACUGCCUGAUGGCCAAGAGGCUCUGCAAGCGCAGCUUCCCCAGCCCCAGCCCCCGCAUGCCCUCCUACAAGAAGCGCUCCAUCAAGAUGAUCAUCAUCGUGCUCACCGUCUUCGCCAUUUGCUUCGUGCCCUUCCACAUCACCCGGACCCUCUACUACACCUCUCGCUACUUCCAAGCUGACUGCCAGACCCUCAACAUCAUCAACUUCACCUACAAGAUCACGCGACCCCUGGCCAGCAUCAACAGCUGCCUGGACCCCAUUCUGUACUUCAUGGCUGGGGACAAGUACCGGGGACGGCUGCGCCGGGGGGCAGCCCAGCGGCCCCAGCCUGUGCCCACUUCCCUGCUGGCCCUCGUGUCCCCCUCCGUGGACAGCAGUGUGGUUGGCAGUUGCUGCAAAAGUGAGAGUCGAGGGAGGGACAGCGUGGAGCAGAGGUGGGCAGUGAGAAGUGAAGUGAGACACAGCACGGAAGCCCUGGUCCCACAAACCUGUCUGAAGCACUGACCAUGGGUCUGAGGGAGGGUGGCCAUGGGGUGCAUCCCAGGUCACUAAGAAAACAUUUGUCCCUCCCCAGGCAUGCACAGAGUGCUUGACCAUAGAGCACAGUGAACGGACUGACAUUAGGGACAGUGGAGGAGCAGCUCUGUGUCAGGUGGUGAUACGUGGGGACAGCAGGAAUGGUCGUGGUCCUGGCCAGGGUCUCCACUGAGACUUUGUCACUCAGUCCAGUGCCGCCAGCACUGAGGGCUCAGUCUCCUGCUGCAAUGCCCUGCACUGUCCUCAGGGUGGGGACACUUGGGGGAUGGGCAUGGAGCCACAUUUCAGAGAUGUCCCCCAAAGCAUCCUGGGGGAGGCGGUGAAGGGCUGUGCUGCUAAUGGACCCCAAUAAAGCACUUUUCCCUUUUCCACA